UUUUUAAAUUUUUAUGACACGCUUACAUAGAUCCAAAGGAUAUGGACGACACCACUUUGAAGAAAUAAAGGCUCUUGGGAAGGAGGCUUUGAGGUCACUUCAUCCUACUGAUCAAGAUGAAAGUUAUUUUCAACCAAGACGAUCCACUAUACGGCGAUGGACCAAGGACAAGAAUUCAAAACUACGACCUGUACGUACUUUUUCUCAACCUUAUUCUCAAUAUGCUAUGACAAUGGCAAAGAACCUCAUACUUACUCUUUAUUUUAACUGGACAAUGAUUUUUUCUGCUCCUCUCAGUGCUUUGGCUACCGUUAUUGUCUAUCCUACUUUUAUGGUUGCUCUUCUUUUUGUUGAACUCUUUUUGAAACUCUUUUUGGAAGGAAUGGGUGGUCAUCAAUUGAUUUUAUAUCUCUCUUCACGAUAUGGAAAAGGGCUUAGCAUUAUCAAUUGGGGUGAUCCUUCUUUAUUGAUGUCUGAUGAAAGUCGUAAUCGUGUUAGAAUGGCGUUACCAGUACUUGGCAUUGAUACUUCAAAGAUUGAACAUAUGGACCAUGUAUUCGAUAUUUCUAUUGCUCAAACAAUGACAAUACUUUCUGCCUUGGUCUAUGAACGAAAUGAUGAUUUAGUCAAGCAAGCUUAUGAUGUGAUGACGGAUUAUCCAGAUGAUAUUGAUGCAUCAGAUGGAAUAGAGACUAUGACCGAAAGAACUGUACGCCAUCUUUUGUGGGAAUCUGAAAAACGAAUUCGUGAAUUCGCUAAGCCUAUGGGAUUACAGUUUGAAGGCAUUUCAGAAUUGAAAUCAUUGGGAGGUCCAUUUUGUGGUCUUUUUUGGGCUGAAGAUUAUCCCUGUUUUAUUGUUUGUUUCAAAGGCACUACACCAACCAAUUAUGAAGAAUUCCUUGUUGAUUGUUCUAUUCAACGUGCUGAUGCAAGACCUUAUCUAUUUGGAGCUGCUCAUCAAGGAUUUUAUGAUUCAGUGUUUCCUACAACUGAUUUUGGCGAUGAUGACAAGCGGGAUCCUUACCAAGCUAUAUUAGAUGCGUUACACGAAAAGGCGAAAUUACUUUAUCCUGGAAAAAAGGCACAAGUCUGGGUAACAGGUCAUUCUUUGGGUGCUGCUAUGAGCUGUCUCUUGUUUUCUCGUUGGUUAAAAUGUCCUGAAGAUUUACAAGAAUCGCUUCAUCUGCGUGAUUGCUACGUGAUUGGCACUCCUGCUGUUGGUGAUGAUGAUUUUGCCUCUUUAUUUGCUAGUCAUAGUAAUACUCCUGUGAAACGUCGGUCUACUCUGUGGCGCGUGGUCAACAAACUUGAUGCGGUUUGUAGAUUACCAGUCGGUUAUGAUAAUCGUAUUUUUGGUCGUUUUGUCUCCAAAUGGGAUUUCUUCAAUUAUGCACAUGUUGGUCAUGGAGUUUUGAUUCCUCACAACCCUGAACGGCCUCUUACUCUCAAACCAUCAAGUUACCAAUCUCCUGGAUCAAUGCAAAUUAUUGCAAUCAAUUCGACAUUAUAUAGACCUUAUGCCCUUACACCAACUCCUCCUUCUGAUAUCAAUGGCUUACCCAAAUGGAUGCAAGUGAUACACUCUUGGCAUACUUUUUACCGUAGCUGGAUACCCGCUUCCUCUGAUGAAUACCCAACAAAAACAAUUAGAAAUCCCCUUCAACUACUGGAAUGCUUUUACCCACCUGUUCUUCGUGAUCAUAUUCCUCACAAUUAUUAUCAUGGAUUAGAAUGCGCUAGGAAAUUCUAUACAUAG